GACUGAGGCUAUAUCUACUACAGCACGUUCAGUCGACGCUUCGUAGCACAACGCAACGCCAGCAAGUUCACAACGACUGUUGAGACUCGCCCGACAAAAAAAAUCUGACGACCGUCCGCUAUGGUUCGGUUUAUCAGUGUCCGAUGCAUGAUAGUUGCAUUUCUGUGAUUUUUUUUCCCCCUGGAUCUCGUUUGAACACGUACAGACCAACAUAAAAUUAUUACUAUUAGAUUUCGUAACUCACGCAACAGAUUUCUGUCGGACAAAACGAAUUGUAUAGCUUCAAUUUGUUUUCGACUUCGAGUUCGCAAACCCAUCCACAAACACCAAGAGUUACCACCACGUCGACGUCGACGUCAUUUUAAUUUUAUGAAAUAUUCCGACGAAAGCAGAAAAUCAACAGUAACCUAUCUGCGGAUAUCGUAAUUAUCAUUGCUGUUGCCGUCUGAACUUGCACAUCGAAAAAUCAUUCAAACUGCAUUGCAAUCAGAAACUCCGCGCGCCAACUGAAGAAACGGAGACCAUACAGCAGUCAUCUGGUUAGUGGUCACCUGGUAUCGGUUAUAGUGAUAGAGUAGAACGAACAGGCACCAUCGGAGAUCCACGAACGUUGGUUGCGGACGUGACGGCUCUCCGACUUCUCGAAGCUGACUCCACUCUUAAGAAUUAGACAGCAAUAUUAUUGCAAUUAAUAAAAUAUAUUAUAACAUUUUCCAGUUCUCUAGUUUUAUCUGCAAAGCAUCUUCUUCACCCGGUAACCAUAAUCACUGUUAAUGUUGUUUCUAUUAAUAUUGCAAGUACUUACUUUAAUUUUGUUUAUAUCUACGUCAUGUCAAUAUUGCAUGUACAUUUUAAGGGAUGUUUCGUUUGCUUGAACCUCUUAUCAUAUUCCAACUUCUGAUGGCUUACAAAUAUUUUGAUGCAAAUAUUAUUUUAAUUCCAAACUUAAAUCCUUUUGUUUUUACUUUUUGUAUGAAUUUUUUAAAAAUUUACGAAUUACAUAAAAAAAAACAAGUACAAGUCUGUGAUAACAUAGAGCUAACUACAAGUAUUGAUGAUGGUAUUGUUUAGCACAUAUAUAUUUUAACAUAACAUACUAAUGUAUAUAUUCUUAACCUUAGGCCCUUAGAACACGGUCAACAUUAAUAAGACAUUAUUUUAAGCAUUUUCUACACAAUGCUUAACAACAAAAGCGACAUUUAUUUAAUUUAAAAAACAUGUUUUAACCAUUCGUAUAACCUAGUCGAGUACCUUAAGCACAAAAAACCUUCUAUUUAUUUUAAUCAUACUUAUAAUUUAAUUAUAUGAAGCUAUAAUUAUUAACUGUCAGCAAAAAACCUAGGUCAUGCAUUUUCAGGGAUUUUCAAGUGAUAAUUAAUGUGUUUUGAACGCUAGUUUCUUAAACUGACAGAUAAAAUGUUAUCUUUUAUAUAAUGCAGUCAAUAGGUAUAGGUACUCAAUUAGAACCAUGUACGUAUUAUGUAUGUAUUUGUUUAGUAAUAGAAACGUGUCGUCAAAUGUAUAGGUAAUUUUUUUUUUGGAAACAAUAGUAUAAUUAGCCACUUAUGUUAUUGUAAUAAAUCAUAAAAUAUUUGAAUAAUAUUCAUAUUGUAAUCUAUCCCAGUAAACCUUUCAUAAAUACCAAUAAAUCAAUAAAUAUAUCAUGACAUGAGAGUAUGAUUAUUAUCAUUCACCACAGCAUCACUUGUAUUAAUGCAUUAAAGCAUGUAGGAUGUUAGGUUUAUGGAAAAAAUCCCAGAUAUUUGAUGCGUUUUUCUGCACAAAAAAAACCAAUCAGAUAAAAAUAUAUUCACAUAAAGCUAUCUAUGAUUUUGGUAGUUAUCAGCGUGUUUUAUUAUACCAACCUCACAAAUGUAAUUGCUUCGUAUUGAUAAUGAUAUAGUUUCAUAUUGACCUUUAAGUCGCGAGUUCGACGAAUAUUCACUCUGAUGUGUGCACAAGAGAUACUAUUAAAUGUUAUCAUCGAGUUGUUACCUGCUAGGAAAAGGCACUAUAUUAAUAACAUUAUUAUUGUUUUUAGAUUAGCUCAACAAAUUAAACACAAUAAAUUCUGAUAAUUUUUUGCACGGAAUUUAUUUUUUGUUAUUGCUAAUUAAAAUUAAAUACAAGUUUAAAUAUAGUGCAUGGCCACGUUGGUGUGAUGGGAACAAAAGUGAUUGGACAUUUUAAUUUCUUAUGCAUAAUAAUAUUAUAUUUGCUUAUUAGUUAUUAGUAAUGAAUUGUAUGAUACAUAAAAAUCAUUGGCGUCGAUUGGUGUGGCAAUGAGUGAAUGAGUGAUACGUCUGAAAUGAGUUACUUCCUUUCGUAAUUUAUUAUUCGCCGAAAUAUUUCACCGACAUUUUGUUUGCUGUUAAAAAUUGCUUUUAAGUUUUCGUUCAAAUUGGCGAUGUCUCUAUAAUACAAUCAUUGUUUCCUUUUGAGCUUUUGCACCCAUUAUUGGGUUGAAAAUUUGCACGGAAUGUUUGGCCGCGGGGCUUCGCUUGUUCCAAUCGGGGAGACUUGUUUUUUGGGUUUUACACUACUGUUGGACGUCAUUGAGACGUCAUAUACACCCAAUUAUUAAAACUGGUGGUGUCGCUAAUUAUUGGUAUUGCUAUCAUUUACUGUAUUGUGAAAAUGUUAAUGAUUAUAAAUAUAUUUUUUUUUUUUGAAUUUUCUGUUUGCUAGAAUUGCCGGGACUGUAUAUAUAGGUGUAACAAAUUAACAUUUUAGCGGUUAAUUUGCAGCAGUACCUGCCCGCCAUCGAUGUGUGGCCUCUUUGUGUACUUUAAGGUCUCCGCACACGAUACCAAACAUAUAUAUUAUAUACGCGUUGGAUAGAGGGUGUUUGUGCUCUCCGAACCUAUGUGGUACCCUCGACGGAUAUGUCACUAUAGACCAAUAUCCUAAUACUUGUAAAAAUUGUUUUAUGCGUGUCGUAAUAAAUUAUAAUAUUAUAUUAUGUACGAUAUUAUGAUGUAUUAUAAUCACGCGUUUUCUGUGCAUAAGAUCGUCAAUAAAAUGUGUUCGCCGCUGUUGUUUUUGUUCGCUUAUAGGUACCAAAGUCCACGCCGAUCGUCCGCCGUCAUCACCACUGCAGCCGCCAACAUGUUGACCGAGUGUUGCGACGUCAUGGUGGCACACAGCCCGCCAAUCUACAGCGGCCCGACACAGGAUCUGUCCGUGCUCUAUCAGAACUGGCUGGUCGUAAACAAGAAGCAACCGUCGCCGUUAUCGGUGCGACGGUCGUCGUUCUCGCCGACCAGGUCGGACGACAGACAGCCGAUGUUGGCCCACUUGCCGUCAUCCAGCAAGCCCCGCAGACCGUGCCUGGUGAUCAGGGCCGACUCCGAGGGCAGUAUUGGAUCGUCGUCUUCGAGUUCGUCUUCGGACGAAAACGAACCGUCGAGUCCGGUCCGGAGGAAAAAGAAAGUCGUUUUCGCCGACGACCGAGGCCUGUCACUGACUCAAGUGCGAUUGAUGAACGAACCGUCAAACCAGCCGCCGAAACUGAUGACCGUCAGACCGUACCUACCCAAGUUGUCUGCGGCGUCGCCGUCGUCGUCGGUGUCGUCGUUCUAUCAAGCAGAUUCUGCCGGCUCUGGGCCAACGUCCGUGGUCAAACACCUCCAGCAGCAGCAAACGGGAGCUACGGAUCAGCUACUGCAGCAGUGGCACCUCAGGUUCUCGCAGCCGGCUUCCAGCUACGUGGACUUCCGGAAGCGGCUGGACACUGACAACGUGUCGCUGGAGAACGUGAUCGUCCGGUCACCGGACAGGCGGAUCGUGGGCACGGUCAAAGUGCGCAACCUGUCCUACGACAAGGCCGUGUUCGUCCGGUGCACGCACGACCGGUGGGCCGGUCACGAAGACACGCAGUGCACGUACGUGCAGAACAACGCGAUGGUGAACGCGGCCGCGAACGGUUCGUGUUUGACCUCCGGUCCCGCGCCAGGCGUCGCGGCCAUCUACGACACGUUCUCGUUCCAACUGCCACUGCCCGUCCACUCUGGGUCCAUGGAGUUCGCCGUGUGCUACAAGAGCGCCGAGUUCGAGUGUUGGGACAACAACGACGGACUCAACUAUUGCCUGUCCGUGGGCAGCCCGUCCAACGGCGCCCCGCUGCUGUCGCCACCGCAGCAAUCCGUCCUGUCACCCGUCUUGGUCGCCGACUUCGAUCACCAUCCGAAGCAGCCCGUCCACUACUUCGGCGCCCAGUCCAGGCAGAACUCGUGGUCCGGUUGGCGCGAUCAGAAAAACGACGCUUCCGCGUACUGGUGAACGAGCCCUCCGCCGCCCGCCGUCCACCAAACUCCGCCUGUCCAAAAUAUUGUGGGAAAUUUUUUUUUUAAUUUCGAAAAAAAAAAACUGCAACAAAACGACAAAGUUGUGCAGUGAGAACUGCAGUUUGUUGCCCACCCAAAAAUAUCAUUAUUAGUCGACGUGCAUGACCGCGUGUAAAUAACCGAUUAAUGUUAAGAAAAAUGAAAUGUAUACGUUUGUUUUUAUACAAUUUUUGAAUUUUUAUAUAGGUACUUCUAUUUAUUGUUUUAGAUUAGGCAUACUCGAAAAAAAUAUUUAUUCAUCAUCACAUUUUUUUAAAAAUAGAAUAUUACAUCAACGAACUGACAAACUUUUUUAUUGAAAAAAAAUAAUAUAAUAAACAGUUAUAAAUCAAACACUGUAAUCUAGUGGAAUCGUUGAUUUGAUAUUUUAACUUUUUUUCCUGUUUUAAUGUAUUGAAGUAUAAAAAAAAGAAAUAUUAAUCUUAAAACUAAUUUAUUCUUAUUAUUAUUAUUAUUAUUCACAUAUUAUAUACAUUUUUUUACGUCUUAUGAGUUUUACUUGUGUUAUAUAUCAUUGUAUUUUUUUUGUUUUUUUAAUAGAAAGUGAUAUAAUGUGUAAAUUAAAGACUAAAUGGCCAUCUCAUAUAAGACUGAUCUGUACAUAUAUUAUAAUAUUUGUAUUUUACUUUUCUUGUUGUCGUGGAACACCCGAAAACGCCUGUUUAUUGUUUUGUAUAAUUAUUUAUUAUUUAUUUUUAUUACUACUAUUUUUAUUUUUAUUUUACUACCUGCUGCUAUUGUGUUCUUUUAAAUCAUUUAUCCACCCACGUUUUAAGCUUAGAAUAACUCGACGGAAACGUGUGCGAUCCGUGUUCGUGGGACAACCAUUCUUCAAAUGCACUGUUAUAUUUUUUGAGAUGGCCAAAACCAAUAUUUUAAUUUAAAUAAUUUAAUUGUUUAUAGAAAAAAACUCGCGUUUGUUCUUAUUUAGUAGAAAAUCGUUUAAAAAUCGCCUUACCACUACUAUUCCGCCCUCGCUCCUUCAACCACUCACUUAAUAAAUAUACAACUUGUAAACACGUGUUAUCUAUUAUGAUAUUUGUCCAUACACUUAUAUUUUAAAGCGUUUAGUUUUAAUUUUUUACUUUAUUCAUGUUUAAAUUAGUAGUAUUCGUUACACAGAUACAGCCGCGUAUCCGUCUCGAUUGUAUCCGUGUAACCGAUACCUAACAUAACAUCGGCUCAUAACGCAGCAGUGCAUUAUAAUAUUAUAAUAAAUGUUUUUGAGCCCCGUGUCUCUCAAUGUCCCCGAACCACAUAAACAUUGUAGUUAAAAUGAGAUCUUGAUGUCCAGUAGCUUCGAUCGCCUGUAAAAUAUAUCGUCUGCUCAUCAAAGUAAAAGAAAAAUAUUAGUAGAAAAAAAAUCUAGUCAUUAGCGUAAUGCCUUAAUGCUCGAUUAGAAACGCGUUCCGCCUAGGUCAACGCUAACCAUAACAUUCUGAGAGGACGCAUUGCUGCAUUAUGUUCCUGUUCUAAUCUUUCUAAACCGAAAUAUUCUAUAAUAUGUAUUUAUAAACACUUUAGUCUAUUUUAUAUAAAGCUAUAUUAUAAUAUUAUGUGAAAAAUCAUAUUGGUUUAGUUUUAAUCGUAUUUAACUUAAUCCCAAGUUUGUUUACUCUCGAACAAUGUUUAUGUAUUAUAUUAAUUAUUAUACGUAUAGCUGUACAGGUAAAUCAUAUGGUAUGCCUUCUAAUGAUCAUUGUAAAAUAUAU